CAUGGCGUCAAUAUUGCAAGAUAAAAAAGUGAUCUUUAGCAUAUCGGUUAUUUAAGUUUGUUCCGUAAUUGCGCUUAUUUCUGCUUAUUAAACUGCAAAAAGUGAUCCAAAGGGAAGGCCAAGGAGACAAAAGUGUUUGUUCCUCCGAAGAUAGGUUAAAAAUCGCCUGAAUUUGUUUGUGCAUUUUCUCUGCUGCUGUCGUUUCUUGUUUGUAAUAAUGGACAAAGUUGAUCUUAAAGUUGGACAAAAGUUAUUAUUACAAAUACAGAAUGCAUCAUUCGAAGGCGAACUACGAUACGUGUCCGCCGAUCGAAAGUUUAUGCGAUUGUCCAACGUCCGAGACGUUUUGACAAAUAAUCAACUAGGUGAACAAGAUUACUAUUAUAGUGAAGUAGAAUGGAUACAGGUACUAGAAAACCCACCGGCUGAAACUAGUCCGAGUGACGAUAGUUCGAGUUCUAAAGCAGAAAUUCCUACUGAAAGCAAAAUAAGCAAAUGUUUUGAUGAAGUUUUAAAGAAGAUAGAAAAAUGUAAGUUCAUUCAACAGACAGACACAGUUGAUUAUCACAAUUCAAUUAAAUACAUACAAAAUCAAAACGAAUUUGGUAUAUCUAUGGAAUAUAUCGGAGACGGACAGGACAGUAUAACGCCAUCCUUAUUGUCCAUUGUUACAUCGCACUGCAUAAUUGUUUUAGAUAUUAAAACAAUGGGUAUGACGACAGAAGUCGGUGAACUUCUCAGUAAUGAUUGUUAUAUGCGAGUUUUCCAUAACGGACGAUGGAUGAAAGAUGCACUACUUAAAAAUUUUGGUAUAACCUUGGGGAGAUGCUUUGACACUAUGGUCGUCCACAAUAUUUUAACGGAAGCAGACACAAAUACCAUCGAUGAAUCUCCGAUGGAUACAGAAGUUUCUAUCCAAUCAUGCGUUGCAAAAUAUUUGAAGCUCCCUGACAAAUUCUUCGAUAUGGACGUCAACUUUACGGAGCGUCCCUUGACCGAUGCGUGUAAACAAGAAGCUGCGAAACGAGUUGCUUUUCUCUUGGAUUUAUGGAAUCAUAUUGUGCAUGAUAGAAUGCUCGAAAAAUUGUAUGAAAGCUGUGUGGUGUAUGCUGAUAGUUUGGCAAGUCAUAAGGAUUUAAUUGACAGUUUGACAGUGAUGAGAUGUCGUCGAAGUGAGGCUUUAACCGAAAUCAAACCGUUUCCCUAGCAUUCAAUAUAUGGAAAAUCACUGCGACGCUACUGUGCAUGAUAAAACCAUUUCCCAAUUCGAA